AUGAUCGACUCCGCAGCAAUGAGCGGCAUUCCGAUCGCGGAGGAUAAUAUUAUCAACCGGCGUGGUGGAGAAUCGAUUUAUCAGAGCUGUGUCAACCUAAAGAGGCGGCUCUCGGAAGUCCCCAGUUUUGAGCCUUUUCUGCAGGAGAUGGCCGAUGAGGAUCGUGAACGGGGUAACACGGACCCUGUGUCGUCUUUGUGGAACUGUCUCCGAGCUGGGUACCCGCUACUCAGCAUCUAUAAUGCUUCAGGUCCAGAUGAGGAGCUUAUUGUCGACCCCGUUAAAGUCCCUGAAGCGAAACGACCUAAAGCGGCAACCUUCAAGUUUUUGCAGGCAUGUCUGCAGGACCUGGCAUUCCCUCAACAAGACUGUUUCUUGAUCACCGACCUGUACGGCGAGAGCACGACAGGUUUCAUCAAGGUGAUCAAAAUGGUGAAUCGUGUGGUAGAUAUACUCGAGAUGCAAGGUCAGCUGAAGCGUCCGUCGGAAGUGGCGAACGCGCCGACCGGUGUACAAGCAACUGUCAAGCUUACCAAGCGGGAGCACAUUCUCAAGGAGCUUUUGGAAACGGAGCGUGAUUACGUCCAUCAUCUCCAGAAUCUGCAGGCAUUGAAAAAGGAGUUGGAGGAAACAGGCGCACUCACCGGCGAUGCGAGUCAUCAGAUUUUCCUAAAUCUCAACAAUCUCCUGGACUUUGCGCAGCGAUUCUUGAUUCGGAUGGAGCAACACUACGCUUUGCCAGAGGACAUGCAGAACUGGGGCAAUCUCUUCUCCUCACACGAGGAAGCCUUCCGACAGUAUGAGCCGUUCAUCGCAAAUCAGAUGCGCUGUGACGAAGUCUGCCUCAAAGAGUGGGACAAAAUCAAGGUGGCACCGCGCCAUAUAGACCUUCAACAAAUGGUUGCGCAACCAAAAACGCUCAACGGGUUCUUUGUCAAGCCAUUCCAGCGUUUGACUCGGUACCCCCUCAUGUUGUCGGAGCUUCGCAAGCAAUUGGAAGAUGAGCAACUUCAAGCCGACAUCACGCAUGCCAUCGAUACCAUUCAGAAUGUGCUAGACUUCGCAAACGAGGCAAUUCACAAAGAGCACUUGGCUGCGGCAGUGGUGGAUCUAUCAGAAAGAGUAGAUGACUGGAAGUCGCUGAAAAUGGACGCCUUUGGAGAUCUGCUUCGUUUUGGCACAUUCGCCGUAGUCAAGGGAGACAGUGGCAAGGACAGCGAAAGAGAGUAUCACAUCUUUUUGUUCGAGCGCAUUCUCCUCUGCUGCAAAGACAUCAACCCGAACAAGCAGAAAACUAAGCUCAUGAUGGCUAAAGACAAGCCGGGCCUCACAGGGAAAGGAAAGCCUCGUCUUCAAUUGAAGGGUCGAAUCUACAUGGCUAAUGUCACGGAUAUCGUCUGCCUUCAGAAGCCUGGCCUCUAUCGUAUCCAAAUAUUCUGGAAAGGUGAUCCGGGCGUCGUCGACAAUUUCAUCAUCCGGUACUCUAACGAGGACACGAUGAAGAGUUGGUACAAAGAGAUUGACACUCAACGGACAAUCCAAUCAGAACGGCGUACUCUACGGAAUACUGGUACCUCUGACAGCGAAUUCACCUACAUGGAGGGCAUGGCCCACAUGCCCAAUCCUUAUCAGCAAGAGUAUGAUCAAGAUGAUGUCGGCCGAGAUGGGCAAUACCACUCUGAAUUCACAAUGAGUCGGAAUGCAUCCAGCACCAGCCUAAGAACUCGGUCCGCCACCGGAGGUAGUACCAACUCCGUUCCCCACUCUAAUGGCCGAGCUCGCUACACAGGAGGUGAUCCUGCGCUCUCUGUGCAUACCCAGUUCCCUGGCAGCAUGUCACCCGGUGACCGGCAGAACAUGAACUCAUAUUUCUCGCCUACGGAAACUCCAUCCACCCGAUCCAGUUCCCAAUCCGGGUUCUCCUUCGGACGCCAAAAUACCAACUCGACAGGUGCUUCAUCCGUUUGGAAUGAGGAGUCUAAUCGCUAUACUGCCCCUGCCUUGUCUCGUGGUACCUCUAGAGAUGGCUCAACUCCGACAGGAUACUACCCUUCCCAGCCCAACGGACGAGGCGCUCAGCGUCCCUCUUUGCCUCCCAUGUCUGGGUCACAGGGACCUCCUCCUACCAAUGGGUCUGCCCAGCGCAUGCGUUCGGCCAGUAGCCCUGAUAUUCAUAACAACAUUAAUGGACCGCCCGAGACACGCCGGUAUAUGGGAGUGCACACCAUGCAAACUGUGGAUAACGUCCCGGUGCCUCCGAUUCCAGCGCAUAUGGCUAACAUGAAGGCACCGGUCAACCGGAGCCAGAAUAAUUCUCCCACAAGUCAACUUCCCAUUCGCACACAGCCGCCCCAUGUCCACACGACGCAAUUCACCGAGCCGGAGUACAACGACUCUCGCGGCUCGGGGCGACUCUCAGAUCACGCCACGUCUCCCUUGACCCAGGAAGAAGGAGUCGACCCGUACAUGCCAACUCAGUUAAAAGCGAAGGUGAACUUCGAUGACAACUACGUUACACUGGUGAUUGCAACCAACAUUCUCUUCCGUUCGUUAACGGACCGCGUGGAUGCCAAGUUGGCUCGGUUUACAAAUCGAUCUAUUGGCAACAAGACCGUCCGCCUGCGGUACCGGGACGAAGAUGGUGAUUUCGUCACCAUUGAUAGCGAUGAGGCCGUACAGCUCGCAUUCAUGGAAUGGCGUGAGCAGCACCGUGACAUGCUCGCCAAGGGUUUGGUGGGUGAGAUCCAGCUGUACUGCCAGGUGGUAGAUUAG